AUGAUGCGAUCGCGCGAUCCGCGCAUCCGGCAGCGGAUCAACCAGAUAUCCCAUAACCUCGAGUCCGCCAACGAAACUGCCCAGGAGGGACUAUACGCCUUUUCACAAAACUACAUCUCCCCUUGCUUAAUAUCCGUCGGAAACUGCAUAAACGUAUGCACCGCUCCUUGUUUGCCGAAUCAGGAGGAUCAGCUGCGGCGCCGGCGCCGAGGUCAUACCGAGGCCAACUUUGAUUUCUACGACGAUUGGGAUAAUACCGAAGAAGAGGACAGCUUAAUAGGAUGGGGCACUGGGGAAUUGGACCGCCUUCUGGCGGGUAGUGGGCUGACCAGGAAUACGGCGGAGCAGCCACGCCGACAAAGAAGGAUGAGUUACGGCACACGUAACACAAGGCGGAGGAGUACAGUCCACGUUCCGGACGACCGCAACGACCCCACGGUCAUUCCUAGCUCUUCUCUGAUUGGAUUCCUGGAACGCUUUCCCUGGAGAUUUGGUGCGAAGGGUAUUAAAUAUCGCCCCUCUGCUGCGGACUUGCAAGAACACCCGGGUAGCUCUCGGCGUUAUGCGCAUGAGGAAGAGCCGCUAAUGGAAGCGACCGAGGACGAUGAAGCUCACAUAUCUUACAAUGGAAAUAGAAGGCAUCGAAGUGGUACGAACUCGUCUCGUGCAACCUCCAACUCUCUUAGCUCUCGUGGGGAUUUAUUACCCAGUGAUGAAGAAGACGCAGUUCCGCUGGACGAUGAAUUUGCACUUGUCUUCGGGCGUCGCGGAACAGGCUUAGAGUCGGAUGACCAGGGCUCAAAAACCGAAAUGGUGAGAUCUGCUUCCGGUACAUCCAGCUUGGGGGGUGCCUCGUCCAAGAAGUCAAAUCGCAAGAAGAAAAAGAAGCGUUCUUCUACAAAAUCACCCAUGAGCACAGAUCAGGAAAUCGUCAAUGGCUUCGAUGCUCCGUCAAUGGCGGAUUUGCCAGUCGAGAAGGAUCUGGCAACACAUGAAGAAUUAAAGGUCAAGAAGAACCGAGUUACAGCACGAGAACUUGCUUCUAAACUGGAUUUUGAGCUCAACAACAACAAUCUUACGACCACAUCUCCCUCAUCGGCAAGGGAACAGAUUCCCAGGCUUCCUUCCCACCGCAGUCUCUUGUCGACGGGCGAACAGCAAGCCGACCAUACCGAUCAACGGUCGGUGGGGUCAUCCAUCCGACAACUUUCGACCGAACAAACUGAGCCAUUUCCACCAUUUCCGUUACCGGAAUCCCCUGACACCUCAUCAAAACCUAACUCCAUUAAUGACCCUGAUAACGGGGUAGACCUGGCUGGUGAAUCCAGUCGUCAUGUUAAUGAUAUCCCAUGA